GGGAUCUACCAGAGACUCCUCCUGCUCUGGUCCUGUCUGGUCCCUGCCCCACAGUGUGUCCCCAGCACAUGUCCCUGUGCCACCGCAGCCCUGGGCCAGGCACCGUGCCCUGCGGUGAGGUCACAACGUCUGGGUUCUAUCUCCUCCUCCUGGGGCUGGUGUUGCCUUGGUUUCUUGUGGAGUUUGAGGGAGGAGAACCUGUUAAGAGGAGAGCGUUGAUCUGGCAGAUCUGCAGCCACGAGGAGGAUGAGGGCGCUCCGAGCUCUCUGUCCAUGUGUGUGUCCCCCGUCCAGAGCCUCCAGUCCUGAGGACAGAGACGGGGUGACGGGGACUGUCCCUGAGGCUGUCGACACCUUUGUGGCCAUUGGGACAUCUGGGCUGAAACAGCUGCAAGACCAUGAGGGCGACCGGGUGGACACAUACCGGGAGCUGGAGCAUGCCUUGCAGGGAGAGGAUGGCUGCUUGCCCGGUGGUGUUGUGAACCGCCUCAUAGCAGAGGCCUCGGGUGACCUGCGAGCAGCCCAGGGUGUGAUGGAUGAUGUGAAGAUGGCCGCCAGUGACUUCUUGGUGGCUCUGGCCCGCACCCACUUCUACUUCGUCAUGGCUGAGCUGCAGAGCCACCUGAAGGUGGUGGGGAAGGUCCCUGAUGAGGCUGUGCUCGUCACCUUGGGCAAGAUGGCUGGCAGCUAUGCCCUGCGCUGUGUCCCCUUCGCGGGAGCGACGCUGCUGGCCCUGCGCAGGACGCUGAGCCGGGCAGGGAGCGGCCGGACCCUGCGCAUCAUCUGCGGGGUUCUGGAGCGAUGGUCCAAGGGCAUCACCAUGUACUUGUGCAGCCAGAAACGACACCCCUUUCCUCAGAGCAGGGCAGCACAGCUCUGUGGAGACCUUUACCCGCUCUUCCAUCACGCAGUGGUAAAUUGGCUGGGCUGCAAGGAGGAACAGGUGAGAAGUGCUGCUUGCCACAGCUGGGGCCACAGCGGGGGUGUCCAUGAUAAUCGGGCUGUCCUGGGUGCGGUGGCUGCCAUGGUUGGUGUCCUUGUCUGUGAGGAGCAGCACUGCCAGCGUGCCCGGGAGCAGCUCCUCCGGCUCCUGCGCCAGCACCAGCGGGUCCAGGACACCUCCCGGGUCACCGAGGUGAGGACUCGCGCAGGGCCCGGCGUGGCUGAUCGGCGAGUCUGUGCCGGUGCCACACGGUGCUGGGGAGCUGUGGGGUGCCAGGGGAACUGGGAAGCUCUUAGAGAAGGAGCAGGGAGAGCAGAGGAGGCCUGA